UCACUCCAAACCGACUAAAAAGAAAAGAGACAGACGACCAAGCGGGCAGCAGAAACAGUGAAGGAAUAGUAGGGAGAAGAAGAUGGAUAGAGAGUGGGGAUCCAAGCCAGGAAGCGGUGGCGCCGCCACUUCCCAGAAUGAAGCUAUUGACCGCCGUGAACGUCUCCGCCGUCUCGCCCUCGAGACCAUCGAUCUUGCCAAAGACCCUUAUUUCAUGCGCAAUCAUCUCGGCAGUUACGAGUGUAAGCUGUGUCUAACAUUGCACAAUAAUGAGGGCAACUACUUAGCACAUACACAAGGGAAGCGUCAUCAGACCAAUUUGGCGAAGCGAGCUGCGCGCGAGGCGAAAGAGGCUCCUGCUCAACCUCAGCCUAAUAAGCGCAAAGUUAAUCUCCGUAAAACUGUCAAGAUUGGUAGGCCUGGGUACCGGGUAACUAAGCAAUUUGAUCCUGAGACAAAGCAGAGGUCUCUUCUUUUCCAGAUAGAGUAUCCUGAGAUUGAGGACAACACAAAGCCAAGGCACCGGUUUAUGUCUUCUUUUGAGCAGAGGGUAGAAGCUGUUGACAAAAGAUUCCAAUAUCUCAUGUUCGCUGCAGAGCCUUACGAAAUUAUAGCUUUUAAGGUUCCCAGCACUGAAAUCGACAAGUCUACCGCCAAAUUCUUUUCACAUUGGGAUCCUGAUUCCAAGAUGUUCACGUUGCAGUUAUAUUUCAAGCCCAAGCCACCAGAGGCAAACAAACCACAACCUCCUCCAGCACCAAAUGGUACUUCAGCUCCAGGAGUUCCACAGAGGCCUCUUCCCCCACCUCCUCAUGCGCCUCCACCCCCGCAAGGACCUCCACCCAAUGCUCCAUCUGGGAAUCCUCCAAGAAUGCCACCGCCACCACCACCACCACCAUCGAUGGGAAAUGGUAUGAGGCCUAUGCCUCCUGGUGCUCCUCCAGCACCACCACCUCCCCCAGCAAACUUCACAAUGGGGAACCAACCGCCACCUCCGCCCCAAGGUUUUCCUGGUCAACAUAUGCAACCACCACCUCCUCCACCUCCCAACAUGGCCCAGUAAUCUGGGAUAUUUGCAUUAACUUUUAAGAUUCAAAGGUUUUAAUUUACAUGAAUGCGGUGUAUAAGAUUGAGCUGUGGUGCAAGGAAUACUUUUGUGGGGUAAAUCAUUGUUAACAACUUCCCUAGCAAGGUGACAAGUUUUGUUUUUAAUCAAACUGUGUAAAAUAUCCUUUGUAAUUGUUACAAGUUUACGAUCCAUUUUUUAUUUAAAACUUUA